GCUACAGAAGCAAAAAAGCAUUUUGUACAUUGUGGGCUCAGAGGCAUCAUGGAAGGAGAAUUCACGGGAAAAGAGGUUUACAAGCAAAAAUUCUGUCCAAAAAAUUAUUUAAGCACGUAUCUAUCUUUUGAGUCCGAAGACUCAUUGAAUUACGGAAAUGCAUUCACUACCGUUCUGGACAAGCUCCACAAGGCAUUCACGAAAGAUGGCAUCCGAGGAGACACCUUGAUCGAUAUUGGGAGUGGUCCAUCCAUCCACCAUCUCCUCUCUGCCUGUGAGUCCUUCAAAGAGAUCAUUGUCAGUGAUUUCCUUGAGCAGAACCGAGAAGAGGUGAAGAAGUGGCUGAAAAAAGAUCGAGAAACUUUCGACUGGGCUCCGGUGUUGAAGUAUGUUUGCCAGCUGGAGGGGGACAGGGAAAGGUGGAUGGAAAAGGAGGAGAAGCUCAGGAAGGCCAUCAAGCAAGUCCUGAAGUGUGACGUGACUUUGGCCAACCCUUUUGACCCAGUGGUGGUCCAUCUGGCUGACUGUGUCCUCUCCACUUACUGCAUAGAAGCAGCUUGUAAAGAUCUCUCCAUUUACCGUUCAGCCAUGAAGAACUUGUUCUCCUUGGUCAAACCUGGGGGAUGCCUCAUCUUGGUGGUGGCUCUUGGAGCAACCUUCUACAUGGUGGGGCCAAACAAGUUCUCCUCCCUUUACCUGACACCAGAAGUGGUUAGAGAUGUUCUGAAAGGGGCUGGCUUUGAUUCUGUGACCUCUGAGGUUAUUGGGUUUACUUUCCCCCCAGGCAUAUGUGAUGCAUAUGACUCACUGUUUCUAGUGGCCCGGAAGCCCAACUAAACCCAGUGAGUUAAUGAAAAAGGAUCGAAACUUACCAUAGA